CUCACACAUGAAAGAAGGAAUACUUGAAGUUCUUGUCAUAAAUGCUGAAGAUAUUAGACACAUUAAUCUUAUUGGUAUCUCUCUCUCCUGGCUAUAGAUGGUAAAUAUAACAUGGUCUAUUCUUGUUUUUCUUUCAACAACUUUUUGUUCAAACUUUAAUAGUUUGGGUUUGGUCAUUUGGCCGUAGGAAUACCAGCCUUCAAUGUUAUAUUACAAUGUGGAACUCAAUAAUACAGAAGCAAAGUAUCAUCAGAUAGGACUGGUAGGAAAGCAAUAUAAUGACCAAAACAUCAUAAGAAUUCAACUUGGUGGAAUAAUUACUGAGGGGACCGACAUAGGAUUUAUACAAGUGAGAGCAGCUCCUUACAGUAUAGUGCUUGAAGAUGACACCUAUAAAGGACAGAUAAAGAUUGGAUUUAAAUUCAUUGCUCAUGUGAGUAUGAUCAGACCCCAAAUUUAUAUUUUUAUUCAUAGAAAAGGAUGUCAUUUUUUUGCAGAAAGAAGUGCAAAAAGAGAAGCAAGAACUCCAUUAGGAAUCUGUGGAAAUUCCAAUGGAGUUUUUUUUUUUUCUUUUCUUUUCUGUUUAAACAAAAGAAUUCCAAAAAUGAGCACAUGGAUGAUUAAGAGGAAUACAGCUAGAAAUUUUCAUUUGCAUGCGAUUUAAUGUAAAAUUGUGAACCAUGGUCUGAAUUCUAUGAUAUGAAGAUUUUCCAAAUGAUUUUUCAAUAGGUCUUGGCAGUUUUUCUAUAACUAGAAAUAGGACUUGACACCAUUUUGCGGAGGUUCAUGCAUUUAAUUAAAAACAAAGAGAAAAAGAAAUCAUUUGGCCUCUCCAAUCUGGCCCCCAAUUAGGCCUAAUAAGCCAUAUGAUUCAGAUAAAUGGGAGGCACGUCUAUCUCACGAAUCUCUCUUAUAAUAAACUGAUUUUUUUUGUUCUCUUUCAAUCCAUUGAAUUUUCUAAUAUGUUUGACUCACCAAAGUUGAAAGCCCCAUGAAUUAUUCCCAAAGGCUAGUGCAUACUAUCGAUUUCCAGGCUAACCUCCGACCAACCCAAAACCGCUGGGGCCCUAUAUGAUUUCCAAAACAUGCAAGCGAAAUUCCCAUGUUCUAAUCUAUUCUUGUACUUGGUACUAUUUCUUUUCCAUGAAAAUAAAGUUAAAUUUUGCAAAGAAAAGAAAGUCAUUUUAUGAAAUUGCUGUAAAGUCGAAUAAACUUGUUAUUGAAACUGGGGAAAUGGGUUUUGGUGCAUCUUUCCUAUCAAGUUGACUCAGCCAUGGGGCCCUAAUGACCCACUUGAUGAGUGUUUAAAGACAAA